AUGGUGAAAUGGGGAGGGCCGUGGAGAGAGGUAGUGGCCGUGGAGGAUGUUGCAGAAGAAAACGGAGAAGGAAAAGAAAAGGGGAAAAGAAAAGAAAAAGGAUCGCUGUCGGCCAUGAACGAGAGGUCGGUUGAGCCUCCGUCUCGUAGGCUUCCUCGGCGGCACCUCCUGCAGAGAAGAAAGUGGGAGCGGCGGCACCGCAGACUGGCGGCCGGCGAUGAUAUCGGUGGGAGAUUGUGCUUGCCGACAUUCUACUCGUCGGAUUUUCGCCAGAGACUACUGCAUCGCAGCGGAUGCUUAGCGGAGGCGCGGCAGAGAUACAACGAUGGCAUGGUGGCGACUGAGCUCGAUACACUGGCGAGCCGCCGAGGGAGAGAGAAAUGA